AUGACAUACAGUGAACUUUUCCAAGGGCUAGUCAAGUCACAUGUGGUGUCACCAAGAUAUGUGGAUCCGCUGGAACCGUCUUUCCCUAAGUGGUAUAACGAGAAUGAAACAUGUGAAUAUCACGCCAAUACCCAGGGACACACAAUCGAGAAAUGCAUUGCUUUCAAAAGGUUGGUCAAAGAUUUGAUCAAGAGAAAGAUCGUGUCCUUUCAUGACUCAGAGGCACCAUGCAUUGCCGCAAACCCACUCACAAAUAACCAAAAUCAGGGAGUUAAUGCUAUCAAUGAAGGUCGUAGGGUCAAAGAAAACAUUGAAGAAGUAAAGACACCGUUAAAAUGGGUGUAUGAACAGAUGAUCAUGAGAGGAUUAUUGAGUCCAAAGAAAGGAUCAGUGGGGCAGAAAUCAAAAAUUCACUGUGAAUACCAUUGUGAUGAUGGCCAUCAGAUCCAAGAUUGCCAUGAAUUCAAAAAUAUAAUACAGAAGCUGAUGGAUGGGAAGGAAAUGCAAUUCUUUGAAGAAGAACUGACAAAGAAUGAAGGAGACGUUCAUGCUUCCGAGGACAAUUCAGAAAAGAUUGACACAAAGAUGAAAAAGCAGAUUUUUGUUAUAUCUAAGCCAAGCUACGAGGUGAACAAGGGGAAGUCGGUAUCGAAAGUAGUGAUAAAAACACCAGUGCCAUUUGCCUACAAAGACAACAGAAGUGUUCCAUGGAGUUACACAUGUCAAAUUACCACUCCCAAACACAAGGAAUACGAAGUUGAUGAGGUUGGAGGUUUCACUAAAAGUGGCAGAUGUUAUGCUCGCCGAACAGAAAAGGCUAGAGCUGUUGUAAUCAAUGAGAAUGAAGAAAAGAUGAAUGAACCUGUUAAAAUUGAUGAGGCCCAAGAGUUUCUAAAAUUUUUGAAGCAUAGUGAAUAUAACAUUGUGGAACAACUCCAUAAGACUCCUGCACGUAUCUUAAUAUUGUCUCUUCUUCUGCACUCAGAGGUACACCGAAAUACGUUGUUGAAGGUAUUGAAUGAGACCUUCGUAGCCAAGGACAUACCAGUAGAAUGCUUAGAUAGGUUGGUGGGCAACAUCAAUACCGAUAAUUUUAUCUAUUUUAAUGAUGAUGAAAUACCAGAGGAUGGUAAGGGUAGAUGUAAGACACUGCAUAUAAUCGUUCACUGUAAAUGGGUUAUCAUAUCUGGAGUCUUAAUAGACAAUGGAUCAGCAUUGAAUGUCAUGCCCUGGGCAACUUUGAAUCGACUUCCAGUAGAUACCUCACGCAUGAAAGUUUGUGGCAAUAUUGUUCGAGCAUUUGAUGGCACAGAAAGGAGCAUCAUGGGAAAGAUCACAAUCCCUUUGAGGGUAGGUCCUGCAACAUUCGAGGUAGAAUUUGUGGUCAUGGACAUUCACCCAAAUUAUAAUUGCCUACUUGGAAGACCAUGGAUACAUAUGGUUGGAGCGGUUCCCUCUUCACUGCACCAGAAACUCAGAUUUAUCAUGGAAAGGACUUUGAUAACCAUCAAAGCUGAAGAGGAAAUCAUAGCCUCUAUCACCACUGAUAUGCCAUAUGUAGAGGUAAACGAAAAUGCACUCGAGUCGUCCUUCCAAUCCCUGGAGUUCGUCAACGCCACCUUUGUCCCUGAAGGAAAGAAAUUUCCAUCUCCCCAACUCUCAAAGAAUGCUAAGAUGCAGUUGAAGGAAACUUUAGCCCGAGGAGCUAUAGUUGGGAAAGGAUUGGGCAAGGAGCUGCAAGGAAUAACCAAGGGAUUGAGCCCCAUACCUAAGAGAAAUUAUUUUGGGAUAGGAUACAAACCUACUUAUCAAGACAGGGUUAAAGAUGCCCAGAAGCUUAGGGACAGAAAGAAAGCCAGAGCAUAUGGCCAAGAUGCCUUCGGGGAACCUAUCAUCAUACCACUCAUCACUCAGACAUUCACAUCUGGGGGUUUUGUGAUAAAGGCAUUGGAAGUUCCAUGGAUGGAGGAAGGAGUUACUGAAGUUGAAACCCUGAUAGAAGAUCUCAGCAUCAACGCUAUAACAAAUGACGCUAGUGGGGAGUGCUCUCUGGCAUUGAUUCAUCCAUGCCCUCCUGGAUAUGUUCUGAACAAUUAUACUGUUGAGGAGAUCCCUGUAUUUUUCAAACAAAUCUCAGAGUCUCAAGAUAUCAAUUGCACGAAUAAUGACGUUUCGGAAACAAUAGUUGAUUUUGAAAAUGAUAUGUGUCUAGAGGAAUCCAAGGGUUAUAAGGAUGAUGAGGAAUGCGAGUUAAAUCCUGAACUUGUCAGGUUGAUUGAGCAAGAAAGUAAGCAGAUUUUACCCCAUCAAGAAAAGACCGAGACAGUAAAUUUGGGGAUUGAGGAUUAUAAGAAGGAGGUCAAGAUUGGUACUUCAUUCUCAGCAGAAACAAGAUCGGAUCUUAUACAUCUCUUGCAUGAAUUCAAAGAUGUGUUUGCAUGA